AUGGCCAUCUUGUCCACAGCUGAGGCACUUUGCAGCUUGUGCGGUGGUCUUUUUCCGUUUAACUGCUUUCUUCUUCUCUUUCACUUGGUCACUCUGUUUUCUCUUUUUGCCACUGCUACCAACUUUAAGGAGGUUACUCACAAGCAAUUAAGUGCUGUGUGUAAGAUAGAUUUAGGUUUAUUGCUUACCAUCAUCAGCUUUUACGGCUUUGUAAUACUUGCAUUUGUAAUAACGCUUGUCAAAAUGACCUGGUUCAUAGCAGUCUCGACACUUGAUCUAAUCUUCUGUAUAAAGAAACUUUUGUACAUGAAUAGAGCUGUAAAAAGACACGUCUUUAUCAUUGGGCAAAGUUCCGGAAAAGGCACUGACGAACAUCUGGUUGGGUCUUAUAACACAUCGUCAUUUGACGAAAAAGUUGUCAAGCUUUUUGUAGCUCGUCCUAUUGCAAAGUCACGCCAAUAAGAGUUUUCUUAGCGACUUCCUUACUAUGAAGACUCAUUUU